AUGUUCAGAGAUGCGCAGCGGUUUGUGUCUACUUGCGACACAUGUCAAAGACAAGGGAACAUCAGCAGGAGGAGUGAAAUGCCUCAGAAUUUGAUCUUGGAGGAUGAGGUAUUUGAUGUUUGGGGAAUUGACUUCAUGGGACCUUUCCCGAACUCAUUCGGCAAUGAGUACAUAUUGGUGGCUGUCGAUUACGUGUCCAAAUGGGUAGAAGCUUUGGCCAGCCCCAAUAAUGAUGCAAAGACCGUGCUCAAGAUGUUCAAUGAACACAACAAGGAAGAUUGGUCUCUGAAGCUAGAUGAGGCUCUAUGGGCUUAUAGAACCGCCUACAAAACACCCCUGGGGACUACACCGUUUCACUUGGUGUAUGGUAAGGCGUGUCACCUUCCUGUUGAGCUAGAGUACAAGGCUGCUUGGGCAGUGAAAAUGCUGAACUUUGACACUAAGAGCGCCCAUGAAAGGAGGAAGAUGCAACUGCAUGAGCUAGAGGAGAUUAGGCACCUCGCCUAUGAAAACUCAAAACUCUACAAGGAGCGUACCAAAGCCUACCAUGACAAGCGGAUCCUCACUAGGACCUUUGCUCCUAAUGAUCAAGUCUUGUUGUUCAACUCUAGGCUGAAACUGUUUCCCGGAAAGCUAAGAUCACGAUGGUCCGGACCCUUCACCAUCAAGGAGAUUAGACCAUAUGGGGCUGUUGUGUUGCUGGACACAAAAGGAGGAGAAUUUGUGGUGAAUGGACAGAGGCUGAAACCAUAUCUUGCCGCCUCUGAGCACGCAAGGGGUGAAACCUUCGCCCUAGGCGACCCUCCUAUUGCCUAA